UCCUUCCGCCCCCUUCUUACCUCUCACCUUUCUUUCUGCCUGCUUCGCCCCUCCCCGCUCUGGCCUCUCAGUCCCCGCGGGGUCCCGUCCUUUUCCUGCCCAGCUCCCGCACGCACGCUUCCCUCUUCCUCCUCUUUUUCCCAACUCCACCCUCAUCCCGCCCUCCCUUGUGCCCCCGGAGCCCCCACGUCCAUUCUUCCUCCACCUUCCACUCCAGGUUUUCUGCCGCCCUCCUUCCCAGGCUGUGGGUUUGCCCUUCAUCCCUUGCCCUCCUCCCUUCCCUGUCCUGAUCUGAACUCCUCACUUUGCCACACUCCCUCACCCUUAUCCCUCUGGGCCUAUCCUCUUUCACUGCCCUCUCCUUGGAUAGAGUGGGUGGGGCCUGGAGUCUCCUGUUUACAUCUUUGGGAAGAACUCAGUUCUCUACUACUGGGGGGUGGGGAGAGUUGGUGAAAAGAUCGUGAAGAGAUUUCCGCCAGCCUCCCCGAAUAACGAUGGGUGACUCUUACCGACAAUUGUCACCUCCACCUGGGAUAACAAGACGGCCCGUCCUCAGGACCCUGGCAAACUGUCCAGCAAUUCUUCAGCACCAUCUUUGCAAAGGAUUUGGGAAUAUGUUUGUGUUCUGAAAUCAAUGGAGAACCUUGAAAUGGUACAGGAAGAAGGAAUGGAAUCGGAAGGAAGAAAAUUCAUUUCAGAGACAAAAUAGCUCCCCUCCUCUGUUAUAGCUGUUCCCCUGGCAAUACAAACUUUCUGCUUUCAUCUAAACAAGACAAGGACAUCCACGCUCAGAAACAAUCUAGUCAUUGGUGGUUUUAUUGUGUAUGUGCAUACGGCUUUCUCAAAAAAAGAAGCCCCGUUUCAAGCCAGACAUUGAAGUGUUCAAGCUGUUGUUCGUCUGCUAGAGACAACUUUCACCCCCUCAGAAUCUCCUGAGUACAAAACCGUGUGCUUCGUGAUGGACCAGCACGUAUCAGGAGCACAAGCACAAAAACUUGUGAAGUUUUUAUAUCUCAUUCAGCCUCAAGUGACAGGUUGUUUUUGUAGAAAUAAUGGCAUUGCAAAUGGGGUUCUGCAGCAUCCCAGACCUCAAGCACGGAAUCAGGAUGGGAAAGAGACGCUGUGUUCCUCCCCUCGAGCCCAAGCUGGCAGCGGGCUGUUGUGGGGUCAAGAAGCCUAAGUUGUCUGGAAGUGGAGCGCACAGCCACGGGAACCAGUCCGCCACUGUCCCCGGCUCGAGUUCAGGACCUCUUCAAAACCACCAGCAUGUGGACAGCAGCAGUGGGCGGGAGAAUGUGUCGGACUUAACUCUGGGACCCGGAAACUCUCCCAUUACACGAAUGAAUCCCGCAUCGGGAGCGCUGAGCCCUCUCCCCCGGCCCAAUGGAACUGCCAACACCGCCAAGAACCUGGUGGUGACCGCAGAGAUGUGCUGCUACUGCUUUGACGUCCUCUACUGUCACCUCUAUGGCUUCCCACAGCCACGGCUCCCUAGAUUCACCAACGACCCCUACCCGCUCUUUGUGACGUGGAAGACAGGGCGGGACAAGCGGCUUCGUGGCUGCAUCGGGACCUUCUCAGCCAUGAACCUUCAUUCAGGACUCAGGGAAUACACGCUAACCAGUGCACUUAAGGACAGCCGAUUUCCCCCCCUGACCCGAGAGGAGCUGCCUAAACUUUUCUGCUCUGUCUCCCUCCUUACUAACUUUGAGGAUGCCAGUGAUUACCUGGACUGGGAGGUAGGGGUUCAUGGGAUUCGAAUUGAAUUCAUCAAUGAGAAAGGCGUCAAACGUACAGCCACGUAUUUACCUGAGGUUGCAAAGGAACAGGACUGGGAUCAGAUUCAGACGAUAGACUCCUUGCUCAGGAAAGGUGGCUUUAAGGCUCCCAUCACCAGUGAAUUCAGAAAAACCAUCAAACUCACCAGGUACCGGAGCGAGAAGGUGACAAUCAGUUAUGCAGAGUAUAUUGCUUCCCGCCAGCACUGUUUCCAGAACGGCACUCUUCAUGCCCCUCCCCUCUACAAUCAUUACUCCUGACACACGGCUGCAUGACCAGUCCCACCCCGCCGUGGCCACCAAUGGCUAUGACAUCAUUGGAGCAGAUGCCUCCUCUUCCUGGUCCAGUUACUUCUAUUACUGCACCAUUUUAUGAUGCUAGCUUCCGUUGCCAAGUCUGCCUCCAGCCGACUGAGGAGGGGGGCGGGGUUAUAUUGAAAGAAACAGAACUUGAGGGGCCCAAGCCUUAUCUCAGCCUUUCCUCAAUAUGGGUUCCGUUGGAUUGGGGCUCCUCCAUGACUAGAGAGAAUGCCGUGUGGGUUCAGAAGACCCUUGGGGUGCAGGUGCCGCUGGUGAUCUGCUGCCGGUGUGUUGGCCACAACAGUGGAAGCUGGAAUUGACGGUCCGAGAAGGCUCACCCCACACACAGCCCUGCGGCCUCCCCAGAUCAAGUAGGUGUAUUCCCCUGGCAGUCUGGGCAACGGAGACCAACAAGAAACAUUUUUAGGUUGUUUUAAAUUCCUUUUUUUAAACUUCCAGUUUAUUGCGUACCAAGAGUUGAUCACAACCUCCACGCUUCAUAAGUGGACGCCAUGUUAGGGUUGACCGUGGGCGCCAUGAGUCCUCUGGGCUCCUGGACAGAGACCCACAUCAAGAUCGGAGGCCCUGGGGAUGGCGUUGCAGAUCUCAUCGCUCAGUUAGCCUCGAAGGUUUUAAUUCUCAUCCCACUGUCAGUUGGAUUUUCUGGCACUCUCCCUGCAUUGAGUCUCCUGGCACUGAACACAGCUCCGUGGCGUAGCCUGCUGAGGAACGGACUGGGAUGCCCACGGGAGGGCCCAACGGCAUCGCAGCAUGCAGGGUCAAAGGAGAGGCCUCUUCCUUACCACCCGGCUACCUCACUCCUCCACUGGUAGCAGUGCCUACAGCUGGAUCUAGGUUCUCAGAAGGCAGAGAUGUUCAAACAAGCACUCGGGUUGGGCUCUAGAAGGACACGUCGUCAUAGGAGAGAAUCCAGGGUCUCCAAGCUGUUGUUCUUUUCAGGCAAACGUCCUGAGGGACCUUUAAUAAGAGAAGUUCCUUUCUGUCGUUUGCCUGUAGAUGUGGGAAGACUGUUGCUGUUUCAGUCCUAUACAGGACUUUAGAACAAAGCUGUGUAAUUAAUUAAACAAGGUGAAUCUUUAUCUUGCCUAACAUGCUGGGAAUCUUCACCCCACCAUGGCAAAGUUCCAAAUAGCUCAUCUUAUUCUAGGUCAUUCAUACUUUCACGUGGCAUAUCCCCCUUUCCCGUUGUUGCUGAUUCCGAGUAGCUGUUGGCAAGUUUCUCCUCCCUCCUGCCUGUUCUUCACUCAUAUGGUAGCAGAGUUCAUAGAAGUUGGGGACUUGGAAGAUGCUUUGAAAGCAUUGUCACAGAGGCACUGCUGAAAUGAGUCACAGGAAAAGGUGGCCAGUUGGAGGCAAGGACCCUGAGGGUGGUAACACUGGUUUUCAGCAACAUGCUUAGAGAACUCUUGGAGUGGAUUGGGGUCAACCCGGUGAACAACAGUGUUUUGAUUUAAUUUAUUUUUAAAGUUUAUGUGGUGGUGUGGCUUUCUGAAAUGGGCAGAUAUUUACGUGAAAAGAUCUUUUGUGUUUCUUCUGCCAGGAGUGGGGGAGGGGAGCAGGGACACGGUCUCUGCUAAGCACAGCUAUCUCAUUUCUUGAAGAGGUGGGUGAGGGUGAGCAGGCGUGCUCGGCACUGUCUCUGGGAGGAGGUGGGCCGAGCUGGGGUGGGUGUAGGCCGAUCCUCAGCUGUGCGGGCCGAGUCCCACCACGUUCCCCUUGUAGUAGUCAUGAAAACAGGCUUUUGAAGACGAAAGGGUUGUUUUAUGAUUUCCUGCUGCUGAGAAUAAUAAAUGCCUGGUUACAAACAUGUAACAACAGUACUCUUAGGUGCCAUGGAUUGAUGUCAGGGUGGCCAGCUCUGGACUAAACCACCCACCUCCAAUUUGUACAACAGUAUUGAUACAUAGGGCUACACUCAUUACUGUUCAUGUCUUCUACGUUAAAAGUUGUGUUUAAUUUCUAAAGUUUAAAAAAAGCAAAAAAAUUGGUGCUAAACUUUCACCCCGAGCUCAGUGAGACUGGUCAUGCAAGCAUUUUCAGUGCCAUGCUCUUGCAAGCCUAUUUUUUUCUUGUAGAAAUGUUGCCCUAUUUGUCUUCCCCAGUGUAUAGUAUGUUUUUUUAUUUUAUUGAGGGUAGGGUAGGAUACCUGCCAUUUAAGAAAAUGAAUAGAAAAUUUUAAAACCCAGGAAAUGGGGAAAAAAAAUCAGUGCACAAGAAUCGGGCUAGUUAAGCCCAGCACCACGCUGAAGUGGGCGCAGUGGUUUUUGGAGUGAAGAAGCCUUACUCCCUGCACAUUCCCUCGUGCUCCCAUCCAAGUCCAGCAGUGGAGAUGCUCGAGUCCCUCUCGCCUUGGCAGGGGACUCAGGAGUCGACCAAGGAAUAGUCUUUGGCCCUGGGAGGAGUGGCACAGUCAGUGUCUGUCCUGAAUGGAGCCUAGUCAGGAGGCGGUCUGGAAGCAUACAGUCACGAUCACCUCCUGAAGACGUGUGGCAGAUGGCUCUCAGGAAAAAUACUAAGUCUGGAUCAUCCAUGUGGCAGCUUUGCAUAGGGAGAUGAUGGCUCCGAACUGGAAGUGCACUGCCUUCCACGCACCCAACCAGAGCAGUGAGGCGGAUGGCCGGUACCCGUGGGGUGGGCGGUAGGUUUACAGGGAAGGGAAUGUUCUCUGCUCGGUGUUUCCUUUGUCCUUGGGCUGCUCAGGCUGGACAGCAGGUAACCACUGUUUUCACGGAUACAGCCGAACUUGGCUGGUUUGGUUCGGAGUUCGUUUGAUCCCUAGCUGUGAGUGCCUUUUGGUCUGGAAAGUUGGCUUGUCUCAUAAUACCCACAGCUGGGACAUUGUCUCCAUAGUUGCGAAUUGUCCUCGUUUUACAUUAACUGAAAGAGAAUGUCUUUGAUCACUAGAGUUUGUCGGUGUUGGGUUGUUUCCACCGUGAGGUUCUUCAACUUUAUCGCUUCAUAAUAUUAAAGCAACUCAUGUUAGAGACUCUUUCAAUACGAAAGGUUUGUAGUUGAGACAUUACAUGUAUUUUAUUGUUUAUAAUAAAAAUCAUCUAUACAGAAGUCCUGGGUGUUAAUAUUUGCACAAGAUCUGUUUUCCAUGAUAUGUUAACACCUACAGUUUCACCAAUUGUUGAUGUUAUUUUCUAUUGAGAUUCUGGAGCCUAGGGAGAUAUAUGUUCUUUCUGUUUACUUUUGUUCUUAUUUCCCUGAAGCAAGAGACUUUGUAUGGCCUUCAGUGCAAAGACUUCAGACCAAUUCUUUGUAUUACACUUGGUUGCCUCUUGGCUAUAUAACUUCUGAGUGCAAAUCAUUGAACUCUUUAACAAAAUAUUGUAGAGAAUAAAUCAUAAUGGGUAAAACUUG